CUCAACAAACCAAUAAAUAAUCAAAUCAAAUCAAACGACUACUAGAAAGAAAGAGAAAGAGAUGAUGAUGCUUUGGAUUCUUGCUUAACGAGAGAAAAUUAAGGGACUUUUUUCCUCUGUUAAAUUUUGUAGAGUGAGAGAUGCACCGUCAAGUUGGUGGUGAAUUGUGGGCUCGGUCAAUGCUUUUUUACCAUGAAAAGGAGAAUUUCAAGUGUGAUGAAACAUAAUGAGAAUUAAGUAUUGGUUCAAUAAGAAAUUUGGAGUCCAAUCGAGGUUGAGGAAGAUGAUAAAAUGCAUUUGUUCAGGGGAUCGACAAUUAAGAGUAGAUGAAUUAGUUUCUUCAUCAGAGUCCCUGGCAACUCGGGACUAUUCUGCAAGUGGAUAUUCAUCUCGACCUGGUGAGAUGGAUUCAAAGGUUGAUAAUAGCAACAUCGAAGAAGCAGAGUCAUCUCUUCGUGAAAGUGGUUAUCUGAACUAUGAGGAAGCUAGAGCAUUACUGGGAAGGCUUGAGUUUCAGAAAGGAAACAUAGAAGCUGCACUUCAUGUAUUUGAAGGAAUAGAUGUUGCAUCUGUGACUUCCAAGAUGAAAGUUUCCCUUUCAAAAAGAUGGGAACAAAAUCGGCGCCGUUCUCAAAGUGAUGCUGCUCCACCGAUGUCUAUGCAUGCUGUUAGUUUACUCCUUGAAGCUAUUUUUCUUAAAGCAAAAUCAUUGCAGGGUCUUGGAAGAUUUGAAGAGGCUGCUCAAUCAUGUCAAGUUUUCUUGGAUACUGUUGAACAUGCAUUACCCGAAGGCUUUCCGGAAAACUACUCUGUAGAUUGUAAAUUGCAAGAGAUUCUAAACAAAGCUGUUGAAUUGCUUCCAGAACUAUGGAAACUUGCUGGGUCACUCCAAGAAGCUAUUUUGUCGUACAGGCGGGCUCUCCUCUAUUGUUGGAAUCUUGACAUUGAAACCAUGACAAAGAUAGAAAAGGAAUUUGCAGUUUUUCUUUUAUACAGCGGUACUGAUGCAAGCCCUCCGAAUCUACGUUCACAGAUGGAAUACUCUUUUGUGCCAAGAAACAACAUAGAAGAGGCCGUUCUCUUGCUACUGAUUUUACUGAGAAAAUUUGUUCUUGGAAGAAUUGGAUGGGACCCAUCAAUCAUAGAUCACCUUGCAUUCGCCCUGUCUAUUUCAGGGGAUUUAUGGGCUCUGGUUCAUCAGGUUGAAGAGUUACUUCCCGGGGUCAUGAAAAGAAAAGAACAAUAUUGUACUCUCGCCCUUUGUUAUUAUGGAGAAGGGGAACACAUUGUUGCUUUGAAUCUUUUGAAGAACUUAUUGAACCACAGAGGAAAUUCAGACUGCAUAAUGGAAUUAUUGCUGGCUUCAAAGAUUUGUGCAGAGAAUAAUUUAUGCAUUGAGGAAGGAAUAAGUUAUGCUCACAAAGCACUUUCCAAGUUUCAUGGGAGAUGUGACCAGAUAGCUAGCAUUGCAAACUGUUUACUGGGUGUUUUACUGUCAGCUCAAUCAAGGUUUGUUGUUUCUGAUUCUGAGAGAACUUUGAAGCAGUUUGAGGCUCUUGAGGCACUGGAAACUGCUGCGAGAAUGAUGAGAGAACGAGAUCCAUAUAUUGUAUUGCAUCUUUGUUUAGAAAAUUCUGAGCAGAGGAAGUUGGAUGUUGCACUUUAUUACGCAAAACAACUGUUGAAGGUUGAGGCUGGCUCUAAUGUUAAAGGAUAUAUCCUUUUGGCUCGAAUAUUGUCAGCUCAAAAACGGUUUUUUGAUGCGGAGACUGUAAUUAAUGUUGCUCUGGAUCAGACAGGGAAGUGGGACCAAGGAGAACUAUUGCAAACUAAAGCUAAACUCCAGAUUGCACAGGGCCAACUAAAAAAUGCCAUAGAAACAUAUACACAUCUGCUUGCUGUUCUCCAAGUUCAGAUGAAAAGCUUUGGUGCUGGGAAGAAUCUUCUUAAGAAAAGGGGCAAUCAUGAUAGAAGUUUGGAAAUGGAAACAUGGCAUGAGCUAGCGAAUGCGUACACAAGCAUGUCUCAGUGGCGGGAUGCUGAGAUCUGUCUUUCAAAAUCCAAGGCUAUCAGUCCGUAUUCUGCUCCUGGAUGGCACUCCACAGGUUUACUAAAUGAAGCAAAGGGUCUUCACCAAGAAGCUCUGAAAUCGUUCAGAAAGGCUUUAGAUGCUGAUCCCACCCACGUCCCAAGCUUAAUCUCCAUCGCUUGCAUCCUUAGACGGAUUGGUGGUGAAUCAAUGGUGACCGUGAGAAGCUUCCUCACUGAUGCCCUUCGACUUGACCGGACAAACCCUGCAGCAUGGUACAAUCUUGGGCUGCUGUACAAGGCUGAUGUUGGCGCAUCAAUGCUGGAAGCAGUCGAAUGCUUUGAAGCUGCUGCUCUUCUUGAAGAAACUGCACCAGUUGAACCCUUUAGAUGACAAAUUCUGCAUGUAACUACAGCAAUCUCAGCCAUUUAUGAAUGUAAAUUAAUUAUGGGUAUGUUAAAUUCUAUAGGGUUUAUAAAGGAGUUUGAUGAUAGAAAAAAA